AUGUUGCAAUCAAAGGCCUUGCAAACGAUUGGGUUUACGGUUUAUUAUGGGAUGCUUGUUCACACCCCUAAUUUUGGUGACCUCGAGGUGAUUCCAAACGCAAGGAUAGGUGUCGACAGUCGCGGAAUCAUAAUAUACAUAGCUACAGGGCCUUUGAUGACGACUAUCGAAGGUGAAGCUCAAAGUUAUGAUCCCUCUGUACAAAGCAUCAGUGUUGUUGACAUCUCUACCUUUGGAUUCAAGAAGUUUUUUAUUCCUGGGUUCAUAGACACUCAUAUUCACGCUCCCCAGUUUCCCAAUUGUGGAGUUUUUGGUAACUCUACGCUGUUCUCCUGGUUGACUAAGUAUACAUAUCCAGUAGAGAUGGCAUUGGAGGACCCCUUGAAGGCAACGGACGUUUACGAUAGAGUUGUUCAAAAAACACUUUCCAAUGGGACUACUUUUUGUGCAUACUACGCAACUAUUCAUACAACUGCAACUAAUAUCUUGGCUGACUGUGCUUUCAAACAUGGCCAGCGGGCAUACAUCGGGAGAAGCUGUAUGGAUUGUGCGAAGAAAGAAUACACAGAUCACGGCCUAGAAGACGGAAUGCAGUCGACGAGGACGGUAAUUGAGCACGUGAAAAAGAUUGACCCAGACUACAGCUUAAUUAAACCAAUAUUGAGUCCACGGAACGCCAAUAAGUGCUCACCGGACUUCAUGCUUUGGCUUGCAGAACAAAGCCGUGAACAAAACCUUCCAAUUCAAGCACAUCUUAGUGAGACUGAGGACGAAGUUGAGCAAAUUUUGAAGAUGUUUCCUAACUGCAAAACCUAUACCGAGAUAUACGACUCGCACAAGCUCCUCACCGAAAACACCAUUCUAGGACACUGUAUUUUUUUGGAAACUGAAGAGCUGAAGCUUAUCAAUGAGCGAAAGAGCUCUAUUUCACAUUGUCCAACGUCUAAUAGCUGUCUCACGUCGGGAGAAGCCAGACUGAGAUGGAUAAUUGACAGCGGAUCAAAAGUUGGCCUCGGCACGGACAUCUCAGGUGGAUUUUCUCCAUCGAUGCUCACUACAGCGAGACAUGCAGUCCUUGUAUCUCGACAUGUCGCCAUGAAAACCAAAUCUGACCACGAUAAGAUUUCAGUCAACGAAUCACUCUACCUAGCGACCCUAGGGGGAGCAAAGGUGAUUGGUAUGGACCGAGAGUUUGGAUCGUUUGCUGUGGGGAAAAAGUGGGAUUGUCAGCUAAUAGACUUAGACACCGAAGGAUCUCCUGUUGACCUUUUUGACUUCCUAAACCCAUCCAAUGAAGGAUUACUCUCUGGAGACCCAUCACAUAUUUCCAAAUUCCAGGAUCUCAUUGACAAAUGGGUUUUUAAUGGAGAUGAUAGAAAUGUAAGAAAAGUAUACGUUAAUGGUCGAUGUGUACUUGACAAAGAUUGA